CGUUCCUUAUUCCAAUUUGGGGGCCCUGUCGGGACACUUUUUUUUCUCUUUUCUCCCAAAGUCGUCGGCAAAUACGAACGACACAAAAUGGCCAUCCAAAACCGGAUGGCUGUCGAUCCCAUGGCCGUCACCUGGUCCGAGCGUUACAAUAAAACAUUCGAAAAAGUCUGGGCCAAAUUACCAAAUUUCGUCGGCUCCUUUAUCGCCACAGCCGCCGUUUUCAUCCUCGGAUCUUCCAUUCACGGCGAUUGGCUGCUGAUCCUGGUGCACUUUAUCAAAUAUUUGCGCCACGGACAAGAGGACAACAACAGCACAAUGUCGUCUAGUGAUGAAGAGGAGGACUCGUCGAUUUACGGCGAUUUCUCGCUCAAGGAUUACAAACUGCAGGGGCUGUCGCUUUACAUCAUCCCGGCGACCAUCGUCUCGUACGUGACGUAUUUCGGAGUCGGCGGUUUCCUGCACUGGUACUACUACGUGCGUCAACGCGACCGACCCGAAGAAUGGAAGUGUCAGCCGACCAAGUGGCUCUCGCCCGAAUUGGAAAGGCACGAGAUCCUGCUCGGCUCCUUGUCGCUUUUAUUCGGCUCCAUCCUGUCGGGCAUCAUGUCCUGUUACAUCAUGAACGGCGGAGACACCUACAUUUAUUACAAUUACGCCGACUACGGAUACCUCUGGGCUGUGCUCCAGUGGCCAGCCAUCUUCAUCUGGCAGGACUAUUUGACCUACUGGGGUCACAGGGCUUUCCACAUGCCUUUCUUGUACAAACACUUUCAUAAAUUACACCACACUUAUAAGCAACCGACGGCCUUUUCCGUGACGGCCAUCCAUCCAGCCGAAUUUCUAUUUUUCCAAUGCAUCCUCAUCUCGCCCAUGUUCCUAGUCCCCACCCACUGGAUCACCAUCACGAUCCUGCUGUUCUACACCUACUACCACGGCAUCAUCGACCAUUCGGGAAUCAAUUUCAAGGCCUACUGGUGGCAGCCAUGGCAACCGCAUUGCAUCUUCCACGACAACCACCAUCAAUACUUUCACGUCAAUUUCGGAUUUAAUAUUGAAUACUGGGAUAAGUUGCACGGCACCUACCGGAAAAAGGACCGCGUUUACAGGGAGGAGUUCUUUUACGGCCAGGGCAAAUCCCUGGACGAGGUGACGGAAGGCGAGCUGGCCCAGGACCUUGCCGAGCGUGAGUCAGAGAAUCCGCUGGCCUAUGACAACAACCAGUACGCCUACGAGUUGAAGAGAUCCGACGUCAAAAAGAGGACAAACAAGAAGAGUCAAAAAUAAUCAAGUUCCUACUAUAAAAUACAGUUAAUCGUGUAAACGCUUCGCUUCAUUUCAAAAAAUAUUAAAACACUCGCGCCAAUGAA